AUGAAGGGCAUCCAUUUGGAUAAGGUGACCAUUUAUGCGCCCGUAUUUCGCAAAGGAUGUAUUGAAGCAGUUGGUGAUAGGCUUUAUCUUGAAUUUUAUGGCUUUCUAAAGUGUACGAGUCUGACCGAUCUCGCUUUAAAUGUCUGCCUGCUGUUGAUGAUUGUCUUUGACCAUUGGGAUCAUUCAAGUUCAGUGGGUACAAAAGCUGACAAAGCAAAGCUUAAGAAAUAUGUGUCAAAUGCAAAAUUAUUGCAAGCCAUUCAAGGCACUCCGCUUUUGGCUAAACAAGUGAAGCUGCAAGAAGUGUAUGGCAAUGCAAAAGCUGACUGGCUAGAAAAAGGCAGUCGAACUGGCUGGUGUUUGGUGAAUAACGGAAAACAGGAUAGUGAAUAUGUACGCCGGAUUUACACCAGACGAACUGAAAAUCCUGGUCAAAUUAAAACAAGCGGUUUUCGUCGAUUCCUUCGAACCUACUUACCACUAGUAGAGGCCGUGCUCUAUACAGACGGGGAUUCAAGAUACGAAGUAGAGGGCAAUGACUACUACGGUGGCUUUAUAGUGACAGUUGUUCGCGUAAUUUUUUGUGGUCUCUAUGGAUAUCUUGGAGCUCAUAUUCUUAUUUCUGCUUUUAUUACUAAUUAUAAGGCAGCUCCGGCAGAAGGUGACAUUGCAAAAGCCGAGCAGGUUAACAGCGCCACUAAAGAACGCGAAAAAAUUGUCGAAGAGCUGGCCUACAUGACAAGCGUUCUCGUACGAAUCGCCUUUGUUAUAGCAGCAAUUGUAUCUAAGAGGUUUCGAUGUUUUCUAGCUCUUCUGGGACCUAACCUAGGACUAACUGCGGGUCAGUCGUUUAUUGCUGCCGAGUUAACAAACGUUGCUGUCCAUGGACCUGUGCGAGGCUUGGCUACUAACCUGAGGGCAGCUGGUGGUUCGCUCAACUGUUUGAUGAAGUUAUCCGGCAACAUCACCAACGAUGCCAACAAACUCUUAAAACCAAGUGGUAAAGGCACAUCUGAAGACGAAUUUGAAGAAAUAGAGGAAGAUGAAAAUGAUGAUGAUGAAAAUCUUGACAUUAAUUCCAUGUCAAAUGACACUCAGCAAAAUUUUACGGGAAUCGUUCGAGGCAAAGACAAAUCUAAACUCGUGAAAUACCCAAAACUAAAGAGCAUAACAAGCUUUAACAGUUUCUUUGUGAAAUUGAUUAAAAAGGCAUCGAGAGGAAUUAAUCGAGGGGCAUCAUUCUUGCGAAAACUUACUAUGAAAGUACAAAAGGAGGCAAGUCCCUAA